GAUGAAAGCCUACGUUCAUCGACGAUCGAUUAUAAAGUGGCAAAAUUUUCACAGCACGACAGGCACGCGCCUCGUUGCUCCGGAAAAAUUGCAAUAUUAGAAGUGUGAUUUACAUUAAUUCUAGUGGAAACUGUGCAAAUACUACUCAGAACCACAGUGGACGUAAGAACGGCAGAGAGCAACGGACAUCUGUCCACUGCUUGGCGUGCAGUGAAGAAGGCGUCCAGCUGUAGCGUGUAGCGGUGGAGGAUUUAGCAGCGAAGGCCUAAACAGCCUGCCCUACUGCGCUCUACAGCUGCUACGCGGUUGCCGACACAGCAGCACCGUCAUCGUUCUCGUGUCUCGUAUCUGGCGUUGCCCAAGGUUUUGCUUUGCGUGGCAGCUGGUUCGUACUACGCGGCCAUGGAGCAGACGCCGGCCGCCGAGAGCCGGGCGAAGCAGAUCGAGAAAGAGUAUCUCUCCAGUCUAGCCGACCUGAAUGUCAACAGCAAACCGUUGAUAAACAUGUUGACAAUACUGGCCGAGGAAAACCUCGAGUACGCCCAGAUCAUCGUGAACGCGGUGGAAAAGCACCUGACAAAGGUUGCACCUGAUGUAAAACUGCCAAUACUUUACCUCGUUGAUUCCAUCGUUAAGAAUGUGGGCAAGCAGUAUCAGACGCUCUUCAGUCAGGUCAUAGUAAAUAUGUUUUGCGGCGUGUUUCAAACGGUCAACGAGAAGAUACGGGAAAAAAUGUUCAGCUUGCGGCAAACGUGGAACGAGGUGUUUCAACAGUCGAAGCUGUACACGCUGGAUGUAAAAAUCAAUUCGAUAGACCCGGGAUGGCCCAUCACGGCACAGCUAAAACCGAAGGCAGCAUCCAUCCACUUGAAUCCGAUGUUCCUGAAGGGCAAUGAACCCACGCUAGCGAUGCAGCAAAAGCUGAGAGAUAAACAGCGGGAGCUGCUGCAGUUGCAAGCGCGAAAGCUCGAGCUAGAGUUGCUUACGACGAAGAAACGCAUUCUAGAGCAGGAAAAACAGUUAAGCAUUCAAACGGAGAGUGUUGCAAAGGAGCCUUCGGUAGAGUUGAUAAAAGCGUCCGACGGUAUUGCUGGUGCUCCGGCAAUGCACCCGGCAGCUGGUGCUUCAGGAGGAGGUUCUAUCGCAGGCAUCGUUCCACCACCGAAAUCCCGUAUCGCUCCCGUUCCCCAAGGCAUGAUCAAUAUGGUGAAGACGCGCGAUCCUCGCCUGGCAAAGCAACAAGCAACAGCAGCCCAGCACGGUGGUCCGUCAUCAAUGGCGGCUGGUGGUGUGAAUAACCACUCCGGACUGGUAGGCCCUUUAUCAAUUCCACCGCCCGUGUUUGCUGGUGGUUUGAUGGACUCCGCCAAUCACGGCUUCUCUGGUACGAAACAAUCGUCCCUACAUGCGAAGGAGCGGGAUGUUGGUGGGAAACCCCGCGAUGGCGCCCGAUCCGACUCGCUGCUUGAAGAAGGAGCUGUCCGUGGCAAAAAACUCGCAUCAUCUUCGGUCACCAGCAACAGCAGCUCAUCUGCGCACAAAUCGCGUCGCGAGCACGAUGCGAAGUCACGAAAAGAUCGCAAGGAGCAGCACGCUUCAUCGUCUUCGUCUUCGAGCAGCAGAUCGUCGGCGAAGGGUGGCAAAUCGUCCACACGAUCGAGCAGCAGUACCGAGAAACGGAAGCAGCGCACGCAUAGCGCCAGCGAUGGGUCACCACAUGGUGGUGGUCGAAAAUCACCGCACACCACUACCACAUCACCGGGAAAGAAGAAAUCCUCGUCGGAAAAAUCUUCAUCCUCGCACCAUUCGCAAAGCGACCACAGUCCAAAGGGAAAAUCACGAUCGGUGGAAAGCCGGUCCGCUUCUGAGGCAACGGUAGCCGGCACCUCGGGAGGCAAAUCAUCUCAACAAGCACGAAUCCACCAUCUCGAUAGUAAAAAGACUGGCGAGCAUCCAGCACCAGCAGCAGCAUCAGCAGUCGGGAGCGCCUCCGACCUUGAUUUGCGCUUCGGCGCCGGUCCUCAAAAACGGAUCAAAAUCGAUGAGCUCGAGUCUGGACCGGACAUUCGUCCCAGUGCGGAAGAUACAGACGACGCGACGAUUGCGGCCAUGAUGCUGGCGGGGCAAAAGGCUUCGGAAGUACAAAAUAAUAGCGCCACAGACGACGAAGAAGCUCUUUCGGCUAUGAUUGCUAAAGAUAUCGAUUUACGAGCAAUUCCUCUGCAGCUGAUCACGCCGAAACAUCCGUCGACGGAGCCGGAUUUGUCGGCGAAUGUAGGCUCAAAGGUUGAUAGGGCAUCGUUGAAGGACUCGCCAUCGAACCGAUCGGAUGAGAUGGAGGAGGACGCGGAUGGAUACGCCAAUGGAAAGAAGCGAACCAGCACCACCAAUUACGAGGAGCCGAACGCGAAAAAGAGCAAAGCGGAAAUGUUGGAUGCGUUGUUUGGUAACGAGGAUGUUGAUCUUCGGCAAUUACCAAUUGGUGGCACGCUGCUGCUCUCAGGAGAUGGACGAGAGUUGGAUUUUGCGAAGAUGGAUAACAACGCUGCGGACCAGCCGAGAUCUCCGCUUUCGGAGCGAACCAACAGCAUUCACGGAGCAAAGCUGGGAGGAGACGUGAGGUUGGAGAAAAGUCAGGAAAAGGAUAGACUCGGUCGACCUCUGCUGUACAAUAAAUUGCCAGAUGAUCCGAUCGAACGCCGACGAUCGAUCAAUUCGCUAGCCAAACCGGGCGAUAUCGAUCAUCGGUUUCAGCAGCAGCAGCAGCCGCAUCACACACUUGUGGGCCACGAUCUUACCGAGGACGACGACAAUUCGAUGGACAGUAUGAACACGAACAUCAAAACCAUCAUCGCGCAGGCACAGGAGCAAAUGGACAAGGGAGAAAUUACGCCCGAACAGUACAACAUUCUCAUGAAGCAGGUGAUUCAGCUGAAUGAGACCCAAAAGAUCCGCCAGGCACAACGCAUCGAGUCCGUGAAGCGUCAGGAACCGACGAUUAUCGGAAUCGAUGAUACGUCCCUUAGCGGUGACAACGAUGUAAUUGUGACGGGCGUCUCGGGACCAAUGGUGGGAGCUGGCGCGUCGGGAAUGCGUAUGAACGACCCGAAGGAUAGCGUUGGUGGUGUUGUAAAUGAUUUCCGCGGCAAAAUACAUCCCAUCGAUGGGAAACCGCCGCUCGGCAAACCGUUCGAUGUUGUUGCUCCAUUCGCUGGCAUUGGCAUUCCACCGACGUCCGUGCCGCCUCCCGAUAUCCGUGCCCAGCGAGAUCCACGAAGAGUCCGCGAAUCGAAAUGGAACCGGGUCGAGCCUGUUCCGCCGGGCCCAGCCUGGGCGAAUCGUCCCGGUGCCGUUGGACCGAUCGUUGGUGGAUCGAUGGCGGUACCUCCGAUGGCAGGUGGUGGCAUUCGUCCCGGCAUGGUGGUGCCGAGCCCUUGGGAGCAGGCACCAUUCCAGGUGAUGACCGACGGCAUGCCCCGAUUCCCGACACCUCCCGGUCCGUUACCGCUGGGCGUACUGGUAGGCGGGGCUGGAGUACCCGCCAACGGUAUGUCGAUGAUGAAUCCGGCACUGUCCAAGAUGAAUGAUAGUGUGCGUACGAUAAACAUCGACGGCAUCCAGCGCGAGAUACGCUUCUACGAAGAGAUUGCCGUCAUCUUCAUCAACUGGGACGAGCCGAAGGAGAUCGGAUUUCAGAAGGGCGCUCGUAUGGUGGUGGUGGACGACCGGGAAACGUUCGAGCUGGGGUUCAACGAACCGUACAAAUCGGUUAGCAUUGAGAAUAAAGUGUAUCAGAUGCGUUUAGGCGCUCCCACGCGGGAGCUGUACAUCGACGAUUCCUGGUACGAGUGCUACUUCGGCGACAAGCCCUCGACCAUCGUGUUGGACGGCAAGCCGAGAGUGUUCAAGAUCGCUGGCCCGGCGCCGCAGGUAAAAAUUGGCGACUGUCGCAAGGAUCUUGUGGCGGGUAAGAUCAACAUGAUCGUCGAUGCGAAAUACAUGAUACCGGUGUUUCUGGACUGCAAGCCGCAAAUGUUUGAAGUGUACGGUGUCAUGCAUCGGCUGCAGUUUGCGGACUUUCUGCUGACCGUGCUGAUCGACGAGCAACCGUUCCCGGUGGAUUACGGUGGUUUGCCGAUGCUGGUGAGAUCACGCGAGCGAGACUACUACAUACGGUUCACCGCCCUGCCGAACGGUGUGGUGCCGGGUCGGGUUUACAUUCGCGACAUGAUCCGCACGCCCAUGUACCGUGAUCUGCGCACCCCACCGAAAGAUCCUGGCGCCUUGUCACCACCGAUACCGCUCAAUCCACCCUUUGGUCCUCCGACAACGGUCCCUCCAGCGCUGGCCACCUCCGGGCCGCCAGGCAUGGGCUUCGGACCAAUGAACAAUCUUCCGCCGGGUAUGGGUCCGCACCAUCCGGGCGUUGCGCCUCCCAACUCCACGUCUACCGGGCUUGAUUAUCUCACGAACCUAAUGCCCUCGAUGGCGAUGCAAACCGGUGCAGCUGGUAAGAAUGGCCCUGGCUACCGAAUAGAGGCGGACGAUAAGGCAGCUGCAGCGAAGCAGCACCAGUCGGCCAGUUCGUCUGCCAGCGGAGGAUUACCGCUUCUCGCGAACAUUAAUGUCGAGGAGUUGUACAAAAAGAUUGUGGCGGCCGGCAUCAUAACAAAGCUGGGCGGUGGCAGCUCCUCUUCACCGACUCCUCCCCAUUCUGCUGGCGAUGGCGGUGGAGCUCCCGCCGCUGACUCGAAGGACUCGAAGGAUCCGGCCAACAAGUCCAAAGAAAAGGAUAAAGCACCCAUUCCAGAAAUCGACCCUGUGUUGCUGAACAAACCGGACACGCUGAAGAAACGCCAAACGGCGGUCGUGCAUCAACUGUUCUCUGGCAUGCAGUGCAGCAGCUGCGGUGUGCGGUUCCCACCCGAGCAGACAAUGAAGUACAGUCAGCAUCUUGAUUGGCAUUUCCGGCAGAACCGACGUGACCGGGACUCGGCACGGAAGGCACAUUCGCGCAAGUGGUACUACGACGUGUCGGACUGGAUCCAGUACGAAGAGAUCGAAGACUUGGAGGAACGGGAGAAGAAUUGGUUCGAAACGCAGCAGACUGAUCAGGGUGACCUGAAGAAGGGUGGCGUUGGAGGUGGUGGAGGAAUCGGCAGCAGCGCUCUGGACGGGGACGAGUUUGCGACGAACGAUGAUUCACCGCAGCCGAGCUGUCCGGCCGGUUCCGACGAAGACGAUCGGCAGUGUCACAUGUGUCACGAUACGUUCGAGCACUUCUACAACGAGGAAACGGAGGAGUGGCAUCUGAAGAAUGCGAUCCGGGUCGAAGGUAGCACGUACCAUCCGCUGUGCUACGAAGACUACAAGGCAUCGUUGACGAUGUCCGAAUCGACGCUCGGCAAUGGGACGCUCGGUGCGUCGUUGGACGAGAGCCAGAAGACUGAGGGCGGGGAGAUGGACACGAGCGAGGCGGGAGCCUCCGACGUAGCGGGUAAAGGUGAUGAGUGUGAGGGAACAUCGUCGUCUAGCACAAAAGGUAUUGCAAUGGAGGAUGACGACGAUGACGAUGAUGUGAUAGUGCUGCCGGCUGUGGAACCCGUCGUUGAAGAAAUCCUCGACGAUGACGGUGAUGAACAGCCGAGUGGUGAGAGAGGAGGAGGCGACAGUGGUGACGCGGAUGGUGGGGCAGAAGGCGACGAAGAAUCAUCGGGAGCCGCAGCGAACAUUAAAUCGCCCCGUCAGCCCGAGUUCCAGGAGCGUCAGAUCGAUGAGGAUCUCUUCAUACAGGAACCCAACAUCGAGGUGACGGAUUUGGAUGAGAUCGAGGACAAGCCGGACGAUGGUGCGUCCGGUGAGGCUGGAACGGCAGAUGGCGAAAGCCAGCUAUCUUCCUUGCUGCGUGUGAAGAUAAAGCAGGAACCGAAGGAGGAAGACGAUGCGGACGAGGAGGAUGCGUUGUUCGAGGACGUCGGCACGAUAGAAUCCAGCCUGGUAGAGGUAGAGAAUCCUUCCCCGGCCACCAACACCAACGCGGCAGAUGAGGAACUGUACGACGACGUUAUUCCUGACGAAAGCAUUCCAUCACCAUCAGAAUCGUCCAACCAGAUGGGCGUUGCGGGGCAACCGAAGGCAACGAUUGACGGCAAUGUGGAACUGCAGGAUGCCACACAGUCGGCCGUGGUCGUGCCGAACAAAAUCAAGAUCAACAUCACGAAGACGAAGCAGUCAAACAGUGGCCAUACUAAUCACGGUGCGACGGCGCCCAACGAUGGGGAACCAACUAGCGAUGGGAACAAUGGUGUGAAUGUGAACAAUUUUAACGAAGAUACGCAGGACGACCAGCAGGAGCACGGUGCUAACGCGCGCGAAGACGAUGGUGCCGGAAGUUGGGAGGAAAGGCACGAAAAGAACGGUUCCGAACAGUCCAAUAAUAAAGAAUCGUCGGCGGUGACGACGACGACGACGACGACUGCAGCGGAUGAUGCUGCAGUGGUUGCGUUCGAAGAAACAACUGAUGUUGCGUAUGAGCUGAAGGAGAGCUUGAAGGAGAUAGAGCUUAACCGACAGCCACGGGUGACCAGUGGCCUUGAAGCAUCCGGACUCUGUUCGAUCAUGUAAAAAAGGGUAAAAAACUGCCGAACGGUUGUGCUGCCUGCCCAUCUCACGCGCGUGGCUGGCAGUCCUUGGUGUUGUUGGUAGUCACUCUCUCAAAGUCUCAGCAACCUUUUUUAUUCUAGCAGUAGAAAUGGCGGAACAGAGAACGUGUAAGAGGGAAAAAGAGAGGGCGAGUGUAUGCCUGGGGGUGAGAGUGUUUUGUUUGAUAGGUUUAGUAGGCUUUGUAAUUUGGCAUUUAGCAUAAUUUGUUAAUGAAGGCGAAUUGUACAGCAGUUCCUCUUGGAGGUGGGAAUCGAGACCGUACAAUGAUCACCUGCAACACGGGACAUGAAGAGGACAUAUGUAACGCUAGUCAUGUACACACACACACGUAAACAUUCGUUAAGGUGGGACGAUUAAAGGGGCAUCUAAAGAAAAAUGGCUAGAUUAAAGCAAUCCCGAGUUUUGAAUAUUGAGGGCAAAAAAGGGAGUCAUCAUCUCUGGUCGGUUCGAAUGUCCCACCAGAGGUUGCUUGGUUUUCAUUUUUCGGUUUACACCUAUUAAAAGUAAGUUUUCUGCGUUUUUGGUGUAAGGCAAGCUGGUGUAUGGCUCAGCUCUAUUGCGCAGUUGCAUUGAACUGAAAGGUUGAGUUUGUGCGUAUUGGUUCUCUUCUUUCGCAGGAUUCUUAUUCAUUAGUAGAAUAGCGCAGGUCCAGGCUUUUUUACUGUCCACGGAAGAUGGAACACAUCGGCCAAACGGGAAAAUUGUUUUGAAAGUAUCGGCGGGUUGUCGGUGGGUCGGACCACGUGUCGGAACUUGGUCGUGCGCCAGCGUCGUCGUUGUCCCGAGCGGAGAUCAGAAUAUGAAAUCAAUAAAACAGCUGAACUACAGUCACAUGAAUAAACUGAAAAAGAAGCAACAUAUUAACUGAGUAAAAACGACAACUAAUGCUAACACUUUAGGUGUAUAAAAAUGAUCAUCAUCCAGGCAUCACGUGCAAGGGGGUGGCGCAAUGCAAUCACUUGCUUCGCGGUGCAGUGGCAAACUGGGGUUAGCAAUAACACUACGGGAGGCAGUCCUAAACUGUCCUAAAGGUAUAAUAAACUACUUGAGAAUAUGAAAUACAGAAAAACAGAAAAAAAGUAUCUAUGUGGCACCCACUGCGGCGGGUGGUCCGCAGCUUGCCGUCGUGUUUUACAUACUUUAUCGUUUCACAAGUAGCAAUUUACUAAACUUUCGUUGUAUCGUAAGCUUUUUCGGACGUGUGGUAUAAAAGUUUGGCAUUAUAUUUUUAACAUGUGAGUGUGGUUUUAUGAUUUGAUAAUAAAGAGAGUUUGCAACUCAUGGUAUAAGCUAG